AUGGCAAUAGAACCUCCCACCCCAAUAACAAUCCUAACCGGCUUCCUAGGCUCUGGCAAAACCACUCUCCUGCUAAACCUCCUCCCCCAAUUGCCUUCAGACUAUCGUCUCGCGCUCCUCAAAAACGAAUUCGGCGACAUCGCAAUCGACUCACAACUCGCCUCCGAACAAUCCAUUUCUGGUGUCCGCGAGUUAUUGAACGGAUGCAUCUGCUGCAAUCUCGUGGGCCAACUCGACUCCGCCCUGACCCAACUACGUACCGAAAUCAAACCGGACAGAAUCAUAAUCGAAACAAGCGGGAGCGCGUUCCCCGCGACAUUGGCCAUGGAAAUAACCCGUCUCGCGACCGAGAACGAAUCUACAAAGGGCCAUUUCGUGCUGGAUGGGGUUAUAAGUGUAAUCGACGUGGAGAAUUGGCAAGGGUAUGAAGAUACGAGUUAUACGGCAAAGAUGCAAGCGCGAUACACGGAUUUGAUUGUGUUUAAUAAAUGGGAAUUGGUGGAUGAGAGACGGUUUGAUGUGUGUUUGGAUCGGCUGGGGGAUUUGGAGCUUGAUUCGCCGACGCCCUGGGUUAAGUCGGAUAGGGGGAGGGUAGAGAGGGAUGUGUUGCUGGGUAUUGAUGGAGCCUUGUUAGCCAAGGAGGGUGGUCAUAUUGAACAUGAGCAUGAUCAUGACCAUCAGUCUGAAGUCGAAGUCCUCUCCCUCACCCUCCCAUCCCACGACGACAGCGCAGUCCUAGAUCUGCCCAAAUUCACGUCCCUGCUCAAAUCAACCUCAAAGGAAGAAGUCUACCGUAUCAAAGGUACAAUCCUCUGCUCCUCGUCACAGAUUCCGCAAAACUCUGAUCCGACUUUUCUCACUACAUCUUUUACUGGCACAUACACAUCAGAAUCGAAAACGAAGAGGAUGUACAUUCUGAAUUGGGCAUUUGGUAGGUGGACAUUCACGCCUACUUCUGCAGAGGGCGGGACGGAUGUUGUUGCCAGGUUGACGUUUAUACUUGCGCGGUAUGAGUCGGUGAAGUGGAAGAGAAAACUUGAGACGGGUGAAUAUGUCGCUGUUGAGGGUUCAGCGGAUAAUAAGGCCAAGGUUGAGAAUGGUAAUUAUCAACAUGAACUUUUAGGGGGUAAUAACCCACAAUUAUUCUAA